GUUAACGUUACCGAUUGUACAAGGGAGGAAACGGAAUGCGCUUCGUGCGUCUGCGUGAGCCAUUGAUUUUCUUAAUUUUAGUUCAACUUUCCUCCGCCAGAUGGAGUUUGGCCGUCACCUAUUGAGGCUCAUAUGAAACAUCUCGGUUGUUCCGCGUCUGUCAGUGUGCAGUGAAUUUUGUUUUGGUGGUUGGUUUAUUUCGAAAAGUGUGCAGUAUUGUAUAAUAGCUCUGAAGAAGUAAACGUUGUACUUAAAAGGCAAGAAUAAACAUUUGUCUCUGUUCGUUCUUCGACAGUGGUUUACUGCAAUUCGCAAAUGAAAAUCCUUUGGAUUAUUGUACUAUUCGGCUUCCUGGCCGCGGCGGUGGAAGCAAAAAGAAAACGAAAAUUCGAAGGCGAUUUCGAGUUUGCUGAAGAGGAUGAAUCCAGGAGUGCUGUGGGUGGCAGUGGGGCGCUAAAAGCUGCUGAGAAGAAGAGGUGGAUCCAUGAUCCUAAUAGUGAUCUGUGUCAUCCACUCAACUGCAAGAAGAAAGAAUUGUGUCUUCUGGAGGACGCCUUUACGGCCGUGUGCGUCAGUAAGAAAGAGCUGCAUAAGAACGGAGAUGUAGUGAUUCCGAAGUCAAAGUUCCUGGCUGAGGAAGAGGCGAAGAGGAAGGCGGUGGCUGCAGCAGCGGCGGCUGCAGACAGUCACGAGGAUGAUGACGGAGAUGAUGACGUCUUCUACGACAGUGAGGAUGACCAGGAUGAUGAUGAUGACAGUAGCGACCCCGUCUCGAGAUGUAACCCUUGCCCUGUUGUGAAGCCAACCUUCCUGUGUGGCACGGAUAAUAGAACGUACAGUUCAUUGUGCCGUCUGGACUAUCACAACUGCAUCCACCAUACAGUUAUCCGUGUCGGCUGCAAGGGAUUCUGCCCCUGCAAAGAUGGUGAGCUCCAUAUGCGAAAGAAGCAGCGCCAGUCAGAGAGGCUAAACAACCUGAUGAACAAAUUCAAGCUGACUGCUGAGAAGGAGAAGAAACAACAACAGCAGCAGUUAAGCAAGAACAACAGCAACAAACCCAUCAGAAUGCCACAGGACAAGUACACGUUCACCCCUGAAGAUUUCAAAUAUGAGAACAAACACUACAAAUAUAUAAAAUACACGAAAUAUAAUAAGGACCUGUAUGCUGCUACAAACCCACCCUACUCAGAUGACAAGGAUCGCCAGAGAGGAUACAAUGAGGUGCUGGACACGAAACCAUCUUCUGUUAACCACCUUUCAUCUAACUCCUGGAGCAAGGAGUGUCCCCCAUCUGCACUGCAAGCUAUGGGCAACCGUCUGUUGGACUGGUUUUCUGUUGUCAUGGCUGAAGCAAAACGUCGACGCACCCACAACAAAGGAAAAGCUCACUUCCCUGGUUCAUGCAAGGGUGAAGUGCGAUGGAUGUUCCAGCAUCUGGACUUGGAUGCAGAUGACCAGCUUUCUCUGCAAGAACUAUAUGAUUUGGAGCAUGACCAAAGUGAGAAAUGCAUCAAGCCAUUCCUUGAUGCUUGCGACGCUGACCACGACAUCUUCGUGUCACCGCGCGAAUGGUGUCAGUGCUUCGAAAAGACAGAUCGACCCUGUGCUGCUGUCAAGAGAAGGAUAAGUCCAGACCUUCUUGGAGUAUAUAUUCCUGACUGUGAUGAUCAGGGUUACUACCGCCCGACACAGUGUCAUACCUCAGUGGGCAUGUGCUGGUGCGUAGACAAGCACGGUGUGGAGACAGCCAAUUCACGCACACGUGGGAAACCUAACUGUGAAAAUUUAUUGAUGAAUACUAACAAAGCCACCAGUGCCAGCUCAGAUGGUGACACCAGUGACGAUGAUGAAGAUGAUGAUACAGAACAGGACAUAGAAGGCAGUGCUGAUCAGCCACUUGAUUUCUAAACUCUCCUCUUUGCCUCCAUCAGAACUGUGACCAGUGGCAGAUCUCAAGUCAAGAUAUGUCUGGUUGGGGGCCAACUCCUAUAACAUGCAGCUGGAGGAAAAGUUUAUGUACCCCUCUUAGCAGAGGAAUGUCGUAAUUAACUGUAUAACUUACUGCUUCAGAGACAAAGGAACGAUCUAACACAAAGACUUUUAUUAAGUACAUACAUAAACACACUGCACUGUUCUCAUUCACACCGUAUGGCAUAGAGCAUCAUUAAGCUAUAUGUAGCAGCAGACAGGAACCACAGGCAGAACCAUUGAGACAAAUCAUUACUCUCACUGAUAUUAAUGAUAAUACAUAUACCGAUGUUUAAACUCAGCUGCUUCAUAAUAUGCACUACAAAUCAAGUCACGUUGAUUCCUGAGCCUUUCUGUGAGAUGAGUACUUUUGUAGAUGAUGUCACUAGAGACAUCUAGUGCAAAGAAGACAAAAGGAAUGAUAAGCAGUGUUGGGUCUUACCACACCUCAGUGCUGUGUACUUAGCGCUAUAGUGUAUCACUUUUUUUCCCCCCUUGUAAAUGGUAGUAUUCUAAAAAUUUGGCAAUGUGGAUUGCUUUAACUCCAUUUGAUUUUGUUCCCCAAAUAUUUUUGUGUGAUAGUUGUCUGUAUUGUGUCAGUAUUGUCUGCAUCAGCUAAUGAUGUAUUAAAAGCUUUGCAGAAAAAAGAUUUUUGGAAUCUGAAUUAAUGUUUUUAAACAUAAAUAGAUUAAUUAUUAUGUGAGUGUUUGUUACUUACAAAUCAUCCUGUUUUCUUUAUUAGUGAUAAAAGGUAUGAGAAAAUGAAAUGAACUUACAGAAAUUUGUACUAAUGCCUCACAAUUGUUUAGCAUUUGAAACAUGUAGCUUACAGUGCACAGCAAAAUGCUUGAAACAACAAAGAUUCCACUAGCCACUAUGACAAGCCAAGUUCUUACUUCAAGUCAAUUGAGAGAUAAGGUGCAACAAAUAAGUACAUUUUGACAGAGUAUUAAUGAUAUAUAUAUAGUGAACAACCUUACACUCUUGCUAAACAAACCAUUCCUUAUUUAACAUUCCAUUUAAAAUGAAUGGCUUAGAUGCAAAACUGUUCUCGCAGUUUACUACCCAUUUAGAGUUUUUAUAUACAUAUAUAUAUUUAGUUAAGAUUUAUAUCUUGUUGAGCUGUUUGUAUUGGUUUAACGUUCCACAUCUAUAAAUGGGAGCUUCUUAUUUAUUGAAUGGUGUUAAAAGCUUUUUUAUGUUUGUCAUUUUCUAGACCGUCCAAUGCUUGAUUCACACAGUUAGCUUAGUCGACUAAUAAAUCUUCAUCAAGAAGUAUGUAAAUAAUGUCAUAUAUUAUUUCCAGACAGUACAACCCAUUCGAGUCACGUAUCAUUUUCAAGUAUUUGCUACAGUAAAGCUGUAUUCCAUGCUCAUUUCUUCCCUCACCCCACUGUCUUUUGUAGAUAUAGUUGUUGGGAGUGGAAGAAGCAUUCAUAAGAUGAGACACAGAGAUAUUCUGUAAAAUAGUGCAAAUUUUAUACCAUGUUGCAUUCAUAUAUUCUCAAAAUAAAGUAUAAUGUCCUUCUAACAUUAUAUCUAUUGCAUCCUUAAAAAAUGCUAUUUUAUUUUCUCCGAGAGUUUUCCGUGUUCGAGAGGAUUUUUUUGAAAUGGGAGCAUAAUGACAAGUGUAAGAUUUUCCAUCAUAAAACCAAAAAUAACUCACAGGAUGUGAGACAUGCCAUUCUGGUUUUAAUUGGAUGCCAUGUUGCAGUAACACCUAUGGCUAGUUGUUUGAAUCACUCACUGCUAGUAAGCACACAGGAUGUUUGCCAGAAGCUACUCAUAUGUUGUUAUGUGUCACUGAGACAAUUGUGUACUCAUUUUAACUAUAACAGUGUAUCAGUGUGCCCAAUUUUUAUAAGCAAUGUAACUUUAAUUUUAUUGGUGUGUUCUUUGUUUCUUGGUCAAUAGAAAAUAAUAAAAUGGUCAAUAUACUUUUGCUAACUGAACUGGUAGCUUUGGAAAAAGAGAUGCAAUCAACAUUGACCAAUGUUUAUUAGUCUGUUUUAUGUGAUUUUAAUGUUCAAGUAUUGUAGAAAAGAUAGGAAUUUUCUGGAAGUAGGAAUGUUUUAACUUGAAUGAUGCCAAACAAACCCAUGUAAAUAAACCCUAUAUUCAUUUAUCUUUCUUCCAGACAGUUUGGAAUCUCUUAAUGCUAAAGGCAAUUAUUUGCUUUCCUAACGUAUCAGAGUAGAAAAGGGCAAAUGGAAAAGAACAUAACUAUGGUAGACUGUCAUAUAAAACAUAGAUAUUGUGUAAGUAUUUGAAAUAAAGUUGUAUACUAAUUCCCAAGCCCUUUUAUUCCCAUUUACAAAAUGUUUCUGUGAGAUUGGGAUGUAUGUAUUGUCUAAUUAAUGUAAUUCAUAGGGGCAAACAAAAUAAAAGAUAACAUAUUUGGUAGAAAUUGUAUCAACACACAGGCAUGUAAGCAAAAUGCUGUAUUUCAUAAUGUAAUAUUUUUCAGAACAGAUAUAGCCCAAGUUCAUUUUUCACGCUCGUUUUUCAAGAAAAACAAUGAAUACAGUUUCUGGGAAUUUCUUCUAUAGAUGAACAAAAAAUAUGGCAACCUGUGUGGCAAAAAAAUGUCUAUAGAUUUAUCAGUCUCCACUCGUCCAAAAGGCUGAUUAUUAACUGGUGUAAUGUUUUGAAAAACUAUAAUUAAAUAAAAAUUGCAAAACUUU